GCGACGCUCAGUCGCCGCGUGUCAGAUUCUCACGGAUCGCUUUGGCAAUACCGUCAAUCACACGGCAAGAUGGAGAACCGCUUUCAAGGCAAAGCACCGGAAGAUGAUGUUCUUGGACAAUUACAGCAAACUAAUAAGAGACCCUCAUUGACUUUAAAUAUGGGCGGGCUAUGGGACGUAGUACCACGAUUGGAUCAUUACAGAUUAAGUCGUCGCGCAAAAAGGCCGUCUCUAAGCACUUUGCAUGAAGGAAGUCUCAUAAAGGACGCCAAUGCUGUCGAGACCGGACAGAUCGGAAGCGUCGCCGGUCAGCAGGGUCACGUCGGAAUAAAACUAGGAUGGAUCCAAGGCGUUCUCAUACCAUGCCUGCUCAACAUAUGGGGUGUCAUGCUGUUUCUGCGACUUUCGUGGGUAGUCGCCCAGGCCGGUAUUCUACUAACCAUCGUCAUUAUCGGAAUAUCGGCGGUCGUCUGCGUCAUUACGACGCUUAGCCUCAGCGCAAUUAGCACUAAUGGGGAAGUAAAGGGAGGUGGAAUAUAUUUCAUCAUAUCUCGUUCUCUCGGGCCUGAAUUUGGAGCAUCAGUGGGCAUCGUCUUUGCGUUUGCAAAUGCUGUAGCUGCAUCUAUGAACACGAUCGGUUUUUGUGAUUCCUUGAAUGACUUGCUGAAAACAUACAAUUUGAAAAUCAUAGAUAAUGGUUUAAAUGACGUCAGAAUCGUCGGUAUAAUAGCGCUCGUCGUUAUGAUUUUUAUCUGUGCAGUCGGCAUGGAAUGGGAAUCAAAGGCACAAAACUUUCUUAUAGCUGUCAUCGUGGGUGCAAUCUGAUUUUUAAUUGGUACUAUCAUGGGACCACGAAAUGAGGAACAGCAAGCAAAAGGUUUCAUAGGAUUCUCUGUGGAUGUAUUUAAGGACAAUCUCUACUCGGACUUUCGACGCUCUGAGGGCCAAAAUCAAACGUUCUUCUCGGUAUUUGCCAUUUUCUUCCCAUCUGUUACCGGGAUUCAAGCAGGGGCUAAUAUAUCCGGCGACUUGAAAGAUCCAGCGAGCAGCAUACCGAUGGGGACUCUUCUCGCUUUACUGAUCUCCAUGCUUAGUUAUGUAACGUUUGUCUUUUUCGCCGGUGCUGCGGCUCUUAGAGACGCAGGUGGUUUUGUGAACAAUACUAUUGUGGAAUGCGGGAACAAUUGCACGUAUGGACUACACAACAGUUACGCGGUCAUGCAAUUGAUGUCAGUUUGGGGUCCGCUUAUUUACGCGGGAUGCUUUGCCGCUACUUUGUCGACAGCGCUGACGAAUUUAUUGUCAGUGCCGAGGCUCAUUCAGGCCCUGGGUCAAGAUCGAAUUUAUCCCGGGUUGAUUUAUUUCAGCAAAGGAUACGGAAAGUCCGGAGAACCAUAUCGAGGAUACGUCCUCACAUUUUGUGUUGCUGGUCUCUUUCUGUUAAUCGCCAAUCUCAAUGUAGUCGCACCGCUCAUCUCGAACUUCUAUUUAGCGUCGUAUGCCUUAAUUAAUUUCUGCACUUUUCAUGCAGCGUUAAUUCGACCACUCGGGUGGCGGCCCAGUUUUAAAUACUACAAUACUUGGUUGUCUCUUAUUGGUUUCAUCCUUUGCGUGGCAAUUAUGUUCCUUAUCGAUUGGGUGACUUCUCUCGUUACCUUUGUCAUCAUCUUCGCACUAUAUCUGAUAGUAGUUUAUCGUAAACCAGACGUCAACUGGGGUAGCAGCACGCAGGCGCAAACUUUUAAGACUGCAAUUUCUAUCGUCUAUAGGUUGAAUUCCAUCGAUGAACACGUGAAGAAUUAUGCUCCUAAAAUUCUGGCACUUACUGGCCCGCCUAGUGCGAGACCUGCUUUGAUACAUUUAGCGAAUCUGAACAAAAAUAAUUCGUUACUAAUUGCCGGUGAAGUCUUUCCGACACGAUUAUCGUAUCGAUUACGCUCUGUACGUCUAAAUAAUGGUUCUUAUUGGUUGCAACAACAACGUAUAAAAUCGUUCUACCACUUGGUGGAUGAUUUGAAUCUGGAACGAGGUGCUGCUGCGCUAAUGCAGGCUACCGGAAUUGGCAAGUUAGCUCCCAAUGUGGUUCUUAUGGGUUACAAAACUCAUUGGUCAUCGUGUAAUCAUAAAGAUCUACAAGAAUAUUUUAACAUUCUUCACAAUGCUUUUGAUAACAAGUUAGCUGUAGCAAUCUUGAGAAUUGCCGAAGGUUUGGAUUGCUCCAAUAUUACCAAUGGAGAAGACACGAACGGAGACGAUGAACAGGGAAUUCUUGCACAAAGUAGCUAUAAUUUGGCGGGAAAUACUCUCAUGCACGCCGAUAGCAAUCUUUCUAUGAGUACGCAAAUUCCAAGAGUACAAAGUGUGCCAACGAUAGGUACUCCGUUUGUUACACCUGAUACGACGCCUGUAAUUGGAUAUUCACCAGUACAUUGGAAAACUCAAGAAAACUUAAAACACAAGAAAAAACAUAUUGUUGAUAAAUUGCUUGAGAGACGAAAUGGCGGAAUGGCUUCUAUACCGGAAAAUGUAACAUUUUUCCAACAGAAAUAUAAGAAAGGAACUAUUGAUGUAUGGUGGCUAUAUGAUGAUGGAGGUCUGACGAUCCUCCUACCGUAUAUAAUCAGCACGCGCUCAAAUUGGAAACACUGCAAGAUGAGGAUAUUUGCUUUGACUAACCACAAACAUGACAUCAGUGCGCAAGAAAAAGAAAUGGUUGAAAUAAUGAACAAAGCGCGAAUAAGAUAUAAUAGUUUGAAAAUAGUAGAUGAUAUCGGUGUUGAAUUGAAAGAAGAGACGCAAUCUUUCUUUAAUAAAUUAAUAUCCGAUUUUCGAAUAAACGAUUCUUCUGAAAAUACAGAAUGUUAUAUUACUGAUCGUGAGCUUCAAACAUUACGAGAUAAAACACAUCGACAAUUGCGACUGCGAGAAUUAUUAUUGGAAAACUCGAGUCAGUCCACCUUAGUAGUUAUGUCUUUACCAAUGCCAAGAAAGGGAGCAGUUUCGGCACCCUUAUACAUGGCCUGGUUGGAAACACUUACAAGAGAUAUGCCACCCACAAUUUUAGUCCGCGGAAAUCAUACAUCUGUAUUGACGUUCUAUUCGUAGUCCACCGAAUAUCUAGUUACAUUUGAUAUUUGCCAUUUUUUUGCGCCAAGUUUUAAGAAUGACCUUGCAUCGUUCACGCUAAAGUGAAGAAACGGCGUGACCUAAGAUGCUGAUAGCUGAUUUAUAAAAUCGCUAAACUUAAAAAUUGCAAUGACAAGUAUAACGAAGGAUGAAGAGAGGAUGAGAAUCUUAUUGAGACCAUGAUCUAGUAUAAUCCUCGAACGUGUGCGAGUAUGAUUUGAGUGCUUCAUAUGAACAAUGUGUUGAUGAACAUUGUUCAGCGAGAAGAUAUGUGAGAAAAAAGUCUCUUGACAGAAUGAGCGAAUGCCUUAUCUCUAGAGUAAUAAAUGACAGAGACAUUUUUCAAGCCGAAAAAGUCCCAAUUUGUUAAUGAAUAGUUACACGUCAAUAAUGCAUUGAAUUUUGACAAAAAAAAGAACUAGAAUAACAAAAAUAAAA